CUUCUGCAACUUUUUUUUAGCAGAGCGUCUGACCGUUUCCUCCUCCUCCUCCUCUCUCUCUCUCUCUCUCUCUCUCUCUCUCUCUCUCUCUCUCCUGGUGGAUGGCAAGAAGCAACAAGUACGCUUCUAUCAAUUUCAACGAAAUCUACGGUCCAAAGAAGCCCUCAUCUUCCCAUUCUACCCAUCCUCACCAAUCUUCACAAAAUACCCCUCUUCCUGCAGCUCGAACCCAUGGCCGGAUGCUCGUCCUAACCCGCCCCUCAAAUCCCCAACCGCAACCGCCCCCUACAACCCCUCCCCCGCCCUCCCCUCCCCCGAAACCGGCCGAUCUAACCCGGCCUGAAUCCGACUCCAUCUCACUCCGACCCUUAGGCUGCACCGACUCAUCAUCAUCCUCCUCCAACAUCCCGAUCAAGGAAGAGAAGCAAUCCCCGUCACUGACCUUCCCGAAGCCGGAGCCUUUCGUUCCCCCGCAUCUGCGCCCCGGAUUCGUAGGCCGGGAAGAGCGGCUCGUGCAGGACGGGCAGAAGGAGAAGCAGGGGUUCAGGCCACGUGACAGGAGCCACCCGUUCGUGCAGGGGCAGCACGUGAGGGAACACUCUCCGCCGAGGCGGGGUGGAGCGGAAGACGGACGGCCGAGAUCGGGAGGGUACGAAGGGAUGCAACGCGGCGGAUCGGAUCUCGAGAGGAACCGACCGAGUUCUGGUGGGAAUCGCCCGAGUUUUAGCGGGUGGAAUGGCUCGUACCGAUCUCCUCAUUUCUAGGCCGCUGUUGCCGUUGCUGUUGUUCUUGGAAAGGGUAUAACGUCCUUUUAUAUAAAUCUUAUUUUAUUUUUAUUUUCUCACUUGGCUUUAUUUAUGUGCCUUUUUCGGGGAUUUAUAUGUUCGAGAAAAGGUCUAAAUGAAAUGUUACAAGGAAGACGUUUUUUAAUUUUCAUUUCUCCUGUUCUCAUUUAAUGGGGAAGUGUCCUGGGUGGGCCCCACCAUGCGAUGAUCUGGACCGUUCAUCUGUAAGGUCCCACAUGUAGAUGGGCCAUUUAUAAAACCACAUUUGUAAGA